AUGCAGCACGCACCAUUUCGACAGAGAUACGAAACCCUGGAGCAUAUAGGCACAGGGCAGUAUAGCAAGGUAUUCAAAGUGAGGGAAAAAUCGACAGGAGCUCUGUUGGCCUGCAAGGAAAUAGAUUACGGAUCCUUACCUCCUGAAACAAGUGCAGCUCUAACAAAAGCAAUCGAAGAUACGGCUGUCACGUUGAAGAGUAUCCUGCAUAAGCAUAUCAUCCGCUACCAUGAAGUCCUUCAUGAUAAGGCAGGGAAAACAUAUAGAAUAAUUAUGCCGUAUUAUGAGCUUCAAGACCUACAAACAUAUGCUGAAAUGCUCCGAGAAGAUGGAGAGGUUAUUCUGGAGCAAGGACUCUGGGUGAUACUGAGCCAGUUAAUAAGCGUGCUCGACUAUCUCCACUCGGACAGAGACUGUGACGGUGGUAUGGUUCAUUUGAACAUAAAUCCGUCUAAUAUUUUGCUCACAGACGACUUCAAUGUGAUUUUGACAGGGUUCACCAACUCUGUGUCUCUAAGUAGGAUGCACUCAGCCCGUGUUCUGACAGGAAAGCUUUCUUACUGCGCUCCUGAGGUGCUUCAAGGUCAGGAUUAUGGGCCUGCAGUAGAUAUCUGGGCACUUGGAUGUACAAUUUACGAGCUAGCUACAUCUUCGUCCCUCUUUUUAGGAGUAACACCAUCUGCAUUGUUGCAGGCCAUCAAUGAAUGUGACAUUAGCACACUUUCACUUAAGAACUACUCUGUUGAACUCUCUAGUGUCUUAAAAUCGAUGAUUAGUUACAACGCUCAACAGCGGAUCACUGCUGCACAGCUGUGUACUCAUCCAAAGAUAGUCUUCUACCUCACACACAAUAUCCAACUUCAAGGGAUAUCUGUUGCACAUCCUGAGUUAGCCAAUGCGUCAACAGCCCCUCAGUCUCAGUAUCGCUCAAACCUGAUCCAACUAAAUCAAGACCCCAUUCCAGCUGCUCCACCUUUUACACUUAAUAAGGCAGAUUUCAUCGCAAAGCCUCCGCCAGACUCGCUGCUUCUUGCAGACCAAACUAUUGGUGAACAGAGUUACCUCAGCUAUGCCCCGGCAAAGGCUAGCUCACGCAUCCGAAGUACGUCCACGGGCCGUAGAACUGACAAAGGGAAUGAUAAGCCUGGCGAUAGCAUUAUAUCUAUGUUAACUAGUGGACGAAGAGCCUCGUCCAGAGGCGUUCACCAAGCGCCAGAGCCUUUAUCUGCAUAUUCGACCAUGGCUGAGUCCACUAUAGGGCAAGAAGGACCUACACGCGCUGGAUCGGGGCUUGCUGGGCGCUCUCGUGCCCCAAGCACUCACCAUCACGACACAAUUCUGGAAAGAUCCAUCGAUGCGCCCCUCACUGCGUCUCAGGCCAUAGUAUCGCGCAUAAAAGCUUAUCAGCACAAUGGAACAGAGCCUAACACCAUGCUUAGUGAGGUGCCGAGCCCAGAGAUAAUCAAGGAACAAAAGAUUCGCCGAGUAUCGCAGUCCCUAGUUCAAGAUGAGCUGGCCUAUGGCGUGACCCCCUCUAGGCAGCUCUUGCAGACUCGUUGUAAUCCAGAAGGAGAAGUCAUGAGUGCUUUUGCUGAUGAUCCUACAGAGCUUAUUGCAAGCCACCUGAGCCCCCAUGUUGUUCGAAUAAGGGCUGCCAGAGAUGGCGGAACAGAGGUGGUGCAAACGACAAAUAGUGCGGGAGAGGCCGUGCCUCGUUACCAGGUGCACAGCAGUAGCAGAGAAUCCCCAAAGACCUCUGUACAAAGUAGAAGAUCUUCCCCUACUGCCACCGGAAUCCCAAGUAGUUCUCACCUAAGGAAAACAUCCCCCAGUGGGACUCCCCAGCUGACCAUGUCUACCAGAAAGCAGGUGGCUGACAAUCAAGAGAUGCUGCGAUGUUAUCCAAUUGAUUACGUCAAUUCUGUUAACUUGGCCAAUCAGCGGAGGACACCAACAUCUGGUAAUCAACUUGCGUAUUCAGCGCACGUGGAGCCAAUGAGCGGCCAUGUUCCGUAUCCUCUGCCCCAGGGCAAUGACAUUUAUGGGCCCUAUUCCACAGGACCUGCACAGUAUUACAACGUUCCUCUCAACUCGGGACUUCAAGGUACAGGACAGCUUUAUGUGCCAAACGACCUGCAAGCGUUCAAGCAGGCCGAACUCAAUUUCUCAGAGAGCAACACCGGAAGUGAUGUCACAAAGACUAUCCAGUUCAUAGACGCACAGGCUUACACAGCAGAUGCGCUACCAUAUACAGAUCUGAUGAAGGCAGUGAUUAAAAACGACAUCAAGGGUGUUAAGACUGCCAUCUCAGCAGAUGCCGGGAAGAGUCUCCCAGGUGGAAUCACAGCGCUCAUGAUUGCUGCCAACAUGGGCCAUGUCGAGUGCGUUAAGAUGUUAGUGGCCAAGGAGGGAGGAAUGCGGCAAAAGGAUGGGACGACAGCUCUAAUGGAGGCCGUUCAGAAGAAGCAUGCAGAAGUGAUCAAGCAUUUGAUGAAGAAAGAGGCUGGAAUGCGGCGUAGCGACGGGUGGACAUCACUAAUGUACUGUGCGCAGCAUGAUCUGGUAACAAUAGGGAAGCAGCUGAUGGCAAAAGAGGCAGGUCUCCAGACUAUCUCAGGGGUUACAGCGCUAAUGAUCGCCUGCGAACACGAUAACCUAGAGCUGGCCGCUGUGCUCCUAAAGGAGGCUGGGAAACACGCCGUUAAUGGCUGGACGGCUCUCAUGAGCGCUUGUGAGCACAAUCAUACAGACCUCGCUUUGAAGCUUGCCCCAAAGGAGGCGGGAAAGGUCAAGGUGGAUGGGUGGACAGCUCUGAUGAGCGCAGCUAGAAACGGAAACAUCAAGGUUGCUAAGGCCCUGAAGAAGAAGGAGGUGAAGUGCAUGAAGAACGACGGCUCCUCAGCGCUAAUGUGGGCGGCAAGUGUAGGGAACGUGGAAAUGGUGAAGCUUUUGAUGAACGAGGAACGGCACAUUCGAACCGUAACUGGUAAAACAGCAUUCGACUUUGCUGAGGAGGCAGAUAAUCGCGAGGUGAUGAAGCUUCUUCGUCCAGAUCUAUUUGACAAAUCUGGGGCAUAUAUAAAAGGAGCAAGUAGCCAGACCGCAAGCACAGUGCAAACGACAAAGAGCACCAAGAAAGGGAAGAGAUAG